CGAGUUUGUGCUCGAGCAGCUCGAAUUCCACUCAAAUUUGGUCAAACUUGAACUCGAAUCGAGUUUUGACUCAAGUGCUCGCGAACGGCGCAGUUCGGUUGCAGCCCUAACAGCUAGGUACAAACAUUUCCUCUAUGGUGAACAAAGUUCAAAUCCUCGAAUCGUCUUUCCUCUUUUAAGCACCUUUUGUUCUGUGGAAUCUUUUCUCCCAUCACCACCACGCCACCACCACCACCAAUGGCGGCCGUCGCCCGCCUCCUGCGAUCUUCGUCCUCGUCCCCCGCCGCCGCCUCCUGCUUCGCUCGGAGGUCGUUAUCCACCUCGGCCGCCACCGCCGAAUUGAGAUCGCAGCCUUCCCCUCCCCCUCGCGCGGAUCCCAAGCGCAGGAGCUUCCAGUGGGUGUUCCUGGGGUGCCCCGGCGUCGGAAAGGGCACGUACGCCAGCCGGCUGUCGGCGCUGCUCGGCGUUCCGCACAUCGCCACCGGCGAUCUGGUUCGCGAGGAGCUGUCUUCAUCUGGUCCUCUGUCGAAGCAGUUUGGUGUGAGUCGAUUAAACGGUGAAAAACCUGGUGUUGGUAGUAGGUACGAAGUGUACGUAACACUAGAUCUACUUGUUGUAUAUGUUGUACCUUUGGAAGUGAACUUGCUUGCAGAUGUUGUGAACCAAGGUAAAUUGGUAUCGGAUGAGAUCAUUAUAAACUUAUUGUCUAAGAGGCUUGAGAUGGGUGAAUCGAAAGGAGAAUCGGGAUUUAUACUUGACGGGUUUCCUCGAACGGUUAGACAAGCGGAAAUACUGAAUGAGGUAACAGACAUUGAUCUGGUGGUGAACCUCAAACUCCCAGAAAACGUGCUACUAGAGAAAUGCCUCGGGAGAAGGAUUUGCAGCGAAUGUGGGAAGAACUUCAAUGUGGCGUCAAUCAACGUGAAGGGAGAAAAUGGGAAUCCUGAUGUUAGUAUGGCCCCACUUCUUCCUCCUUCACAGUGUGUCUCGAAGCUCGUUACUCGCUCUGAUGAUAUUGAGACUAUUGUGAAAGAAAGACUUCGUAUAUAUAAUGAAAAGAGUCAACCUGUGGAGGACUUUUAUCGUGGCUUUGGGAAACUGCUGGAAUUUGAUUUGCCAGGCGGUAUCCCAGAAUCGUGGCCUAAAUUGCUUGAAGCUUUGAAUCUCGAUGAGAAUGAGGAGAAAAGGACUGCCACAGCUUAAGCAUGUUAUGAUCACUGUCAUGCUUAAAUUUUUUGCAGAAAACAGAAUAUUUUUGCUUUUUAUUUUUUCUCCUUUUCAUCUCUAUAAUGAAGGAAUAACAAAACAGUGGAGUAAACUGGAGUUCACUCAGGUCAAUGAGCCCGGUGGGUGGCUGCCUUUUACGCGUUGAAAUUCGAUGUUUUUAGUUGAACUUUUUCCUGUAGCAUUUUAUGAGUAAUUGUUGUGACAAAGUAUUUCAUUUUUGCAAAUGGCAACUGUAAUAAUUAUUCAAUUACAAUUGAAGGAGCUGAGGUAUGUUAUUUCUUGAUUACUGGUAGAUUAGUUGUGUAGCUUCUUUUUAGGGAUAAAAGUGAAAUAAAAAUGUGCUACAUGUUAUCAUCAGAAGAUCUAUAAUAUCUGAUGCUGAUGGGUAGUUGCAUAUAAUUAAUUGAUUAUA